AGUCCUUUUGAUGUCUUCUUUUUUCGCUUUUCCGCCAUCCGGCUUCUCGAGUGGUCCCGUGGGGACACGACAGAGGGUGUACAUACGCCAGAAUCUGGUGUGGACAAACAGCAUGCUCCCGCCAGGUCUCUUUUUUGUGGAAAUCUUUGAGUUCUUCUGACUCGAUUUCCCGUCCAUCUUCUUGUUUUUCCUUUUCUUUUCUCUUUGCGUGCCCCAUUCAACUCUGCACGUUCUUGUGACUUUUCGUUCCCCGUUUUCACGCGGAUUUUCAUCUCUCCAGGUACUGCUGCAAAGAGUCUCCCCUAAACACGUCUUGCCCCCGGUCAACCCAACUGCCGUGACGGGCUUCGAGUUUCCUCAAUGGAAGUCGCGCCCUCUUUGUUCUGAGAGCGCGUCGCGGUGUUCCUGUGUCUUCCGCCUGUGUCUCCUCUCGUUUCUAAGCGACUGCCCCUGCUCCGGUACACUGCCGGCGACACAGUCGAAGACGUGGAGACGGGAGACUUUCUCUCUGUAGGCAGUCUCGGUUCCGAGCAGCCAUCUACCUGUACAGGAACCACUCUACAUGCUGCAAACGUUUUCAUCUCGUCAACAGAUGCUUGUCACCUUGUUUCCAAAGUCCAACCUCCCCGAGAACGGUCUUCCCUUCGUUUACCGCCUUCCGAAUUUAUCCGUUCUGCCCCCACCCUUUCUUAUCCACCUCUUCUUGUCUCUCCCCUUUUUUUGCUGAAGUCUUUUCUCUCGUCGGAUCCACGAAGAGUGCGUGGUCGUCCUCUCGAGUGACUUCCUCUCCCCAUUUCUUCGUCAGCCCCCCCCUUCGUUCUCGAGUUCUGUGUUUCCUGGAGACGGGGGUCCGUAUCAGAGGAAUGGAAAAAACGCCAGAUUGUUUCUGACGAACAUGUUCUUCGUUGUGGAGCAGUGGCACAAUGUGGCCUUGCGGCCAGCUCAGCUCGGGCGUCGAUACACCCAAUACGUCGAGACGCUUCUUCGGCAGCAGGUCGAGGGCAAAUGUUUACACAACUUGGGGUACAUCAUCUGCGUGAUCCGCAUUGUCCAUAUGGAAGCCGGAAGAGUGCAGGAUGGCACAGGGAUGGUCAUCGUCGCGGCCAGAUACCAAGCAAUUGCGUUUAAGCCCUUCAAGGACGAGGUCCUUGACGCCGUCAUCACCGACGUGAACAAGCUCGGAUUGUUUGCUCAGUGUGGACCUUUGAAGGUUUUUGUCUCUCGAGCCUCGCUGCCUCCUUCCUUCGUCUAUCAAGACGACAGUGCAGUGGGCUGUAUGACCGACGGCGAGGUGGAACUUCGUGUCGACAGUGACAUUCGCCUUCGGCUGCUUGGCGUUCGCUACGAUUCCAUGAAUCUUUUUGCGAUUGCAACAAUUAACGAAAGUUACUUAGGUCCCAUCCACCACAGCAACUUGGGUGGCCAGGGAAACGCGGCUUUAUUCGGCAGUUUGGGAUCCUCGGACUUUGCCGCUUCUCAGUCUUCACCACUCCAGUCUCCCCAUUCUCCGACGCUUUGA